CACAUUCAUCCCUACCAAGCACAUUCAAGCUACCAUCUACAUUCUCUCCAUUCUUACCCCAAACCUUCACAAUCCGUACCACCACUACCAUCAGCAGCUCCUCAUUCGCUAAGGUUAUGGGUAAAAUAACCGUCAAACUCGAGCCCGAGACCCCCUUUCACACCUUCACAGUCGAGCAGACCGCACAGCACUGCAACACCAGCAUCCUCGAAGGCAUCUCCUCUGAUGAGGCCACCAUCCGUCUGAAGGAAUAUGGCAGCAAUGAACUCCGCGGUAAUGGAGGCGUCAAGUGGUACAAAGUCCUCUGGCGCCAGAUCGCCAACGCCCUCGUCGUCAUUCUCCUGAUCGCCGCCGCCCUUGCAUUCGCCACUACAGAUUUCGCCGAGGGUGGUGUUAUUCUCUUUAUUAUCGUCAUGAACGCUGCAAUCGGCUUCUGGCAAGAGUUCAACGCCGAACAGACCAUGGAAGCUCUCCGCAACAUGUCUUCGCCAACCUCAAAGGUCAUCCGCGACGAGAUCCGGGUUACCAUUCCCAAUAGCCAAGCCGUCCCUGGAGACAUCAUGAUUUUCGAGGACGGAGAUGUCAUUGGAGCCGACUGCCGCCUCUUCGAGGUCUUCAACCUCGAGACUGACGAGGCCCUCUUGACUGGAGAGUCUCUCCCCGUCCAAAAGAACUUGGAGCUCAUCGAAAAAGUUGAUGAGGCCCUUGGUGAUCGUCUCAACAUGGUCUUUUCUUCCACAACCGUCGUCAAGGGUCGCGCUAAGGGUAUUGUCACCGAAACAGGGAUGGGCACACAGAUCGGAAAGAUUGCCACCACACUGAUGAGCGUUGACUCAAACGAGCAGACCCCACUCCAGAAGCGUCUCAAUAAGAUGGCCUACCUUGUCUUCCUUGCUGCUCUGAUCCUCGUCCUGAUCGUCUUUGCUGUCCACAACUUCAAAUACUCGAGCGAGGUCGCCAUCUAUGCCAUCUCUGUCUCGAUCGCCAUCAUCCCCGAGGGCCUUGUCGCUGUUGUCACUCUGACCAUGGCUUUCGGCGUUAGCCGCAUGGCUGAAGUCAAGGCCAUUGUUCGUCGUCUAUCCUCCUUGGAAAGUUUGGGCGCCGUCACCAACAUUUGUUCCGACAAGACUGGUACUUUGACCCAGUCCAAGAUGGUUGCUGUUCGCAUGUGGUUGCCUAGCGGGGGCUUCUACCGUAUUACUGGAACUGGCUUCAUCCCUGAGGGUGACGUUUUCCGCCAAGGCGAGACCACCGAUGGCGACUUUGUUAAUCAGGAGGAACAGAUCCCAGUCGGUGGCGGUUCGGAUCAUUAUCUUCGGGUUCUGCAGACUGCGUCGCUUUGCAACAUGGCCGAACUCCGUCGUACCCAGCAUCCUGAGACUCACGGCGAAUGGACUGCCAUCGGUGAUCCCACUGAAAUUGCCCUUCAAGUCUUAGCCUACAAAGCUGGUCUUGCCAAGCCCGAGCUUCUUGCCGAGGGCUUCCAAUUGAUUGCCGAGUUCCCCUUUGACUCCACUGUCAAACGCAUGUCGGUCCUUUACCAGGCCCCCAAGAGUAACGAAAAGUUUAUUUUCAUGAAGGGUGCUACGGAACGAGUUAUUGGCUGCUGUAACUUUUGGCGCGAUGGCGACGUCGAACACAGCUUGGUCGGAGAGAAGGCCGGCGCUCGCACCGCCUUUGAGGAAAUGAUUAACGAGAAGAUGAGCGCCCUUGCCGAGAGAGGUCUCCGCGUCUUGACCCUUGCCUACCGCGAAUUCGAGGCUCCACCUGGCGUUGAUUUGAUCCGCGGUUUGAAGCGCGAUGAGAUCGAGAGCGACCUUGUCUUCUUGGGCUUGGUCGGUAUUUAUGACCCUCCACGUGCCGAGUCCCGUCCCGCGGUACUCAAGUGUUACGAGGCCGGCAUUCGUGUCCAUAUGUUGACCGGCGACCAUCCCUCAACUGCCGCUGCCAUUGCAAAGGAAGUCGCUAUUAUUCCUGAGGAUCUGAACGUCAAGAACAACCCUUUGGUCAUGACUGCCCAUCAGUUCGACUCCAUGUCUGACGAAGACAUUGACAAGCUUGAGGAGCUACCUCGUGUCGUUGCUCGCUGCUCUCCCAACACCAAAGUCAAGAUGAUCUCUGCCCUGCACCGCCGCAACCUGUUUGCUACGAUGACUGGAGAUGGUGUCAACGACUCUCCUUCACUCAAGGCUGCUAAUGUUGGCAUUGCAAUGGGUCAAUCUGGAUCGGAUGUCGCCAAGCAAGCUGCCGAUAUUGUCUUGACGGACGACAACUUUGCCACCAUUGUCCAGGCUGUAGCUGAGGGUCGUCGCAUAUUUGCCAACAUCCAGAAGUUUGUACAGCAUCUGAUGUCUGCUAACGUCGCUGAGAUCGUUGUCCUGAUUAUCGGUCUUGCUUUCAAGGAUAACGAUGGCAAUGCUGUCUUCCCCAUGAGUGCUGUCGAGAUUCUGUUCUUGAACAUGAUCACAUCUUCGCCUCCAGCGAUGGGUCUUGGCCUCGAGCCUGCUAGCGAGUCCAACAUGCGUGAACCUCCUCGCUCGGCCAAGCAGGGUCUUUUCUCGUUCGAAGUCGUCAUGGAUACCUUUGUAUACGGCUUAGUCAUGGGCGCUUUGUCGUUUUUCAACUAUUGCGUCGUCGUCUUUGCACUCAACGACAGCAAUCUUGGAUCCGGCUGUAACGGCCACUUCUCAGAGCAAUGCGUUCCUGUGUUCAAGGCCCGCGCGACCUCCUAUGCGUCCUUGACGCUCCUAAUCCUUGCCCACGCAAUCAACUGCCGCGCACUUCGCGAGCCAGGCUGGACGCGCAAGAACCUCGCGACAUUGAAGUACAACAAGAUGCUGUGGAUGUCUAUUGUGAUUGGUGCGUUGCUAGUCUUCCCGAUUGUGUAUAUCCCUGGAUUGAACCAUAACGUGUUCAAGCAUAUGUCCUUGACAUACGAAUGGGCGUUUGUGUUCGCGGUCCUUAUCAUUUUUAUUGGUUUUGCGGAAGUAUACAAGUGGAUCAAGCGUCGUACGAUGAAGCCACUUUCGCUGGAGACAGAUGCGGAGAAGGGGAUGAAUCGCAUGCGCACGUUUACCUCUGUCAACGAUUCUGUCAUGGAGAAGAAGCUGUAAAGAUGGACAUAUACGGCAUUCAAGGUUACCUUUAUCAUCGAUAUCGAUGCACAUUUUUCAUUCUUUACUUUGUUCGUACUCGACGAACAAGAGUUGCAACAUAUACCGCCCCAUCCGACAUUCGAAUAAACAUAAUUCUCAAGAAUCUCAGCCAUGACUUCCUCUAAAGGACGACCUAGGACAACACAACGGAUGAUGAACUGUUGAACUGGCCAUUUUCAGUUUCUACUCUAUUCUUUUGGUUUGCCUGAUCGAUAACAGGCGCGAUACAUGUCGCCAUUGUCGGCGUGUUCAGCUUGUGUUACUUUACAUCGGGGGCAACAGCAAG